CGGGCUAGGAAAGCGGAGCCCAGCGCUCCGCUUGGAGGCCACACGCCCACAAGCAGGGCCACCUGCUCAGAGCCCUGCUGGCCCCAUAGACCUGCAAGGAGCGAGGGGCGCUUGGUCGCCCUUCCUCCUUGAGGCUCCCGGGGGUCCCAACAGAGCGCACGAUGCCGCCUUCAUUAGCAGCCGACAGGGUCACCCUCCGGGAGCUGGCCGACCUGGCGAUCGGCACCCCAGAGGUGGGGGCGGUGAACUUCACGGCCCUGCACACACUGAUAGUCGCCAUGCUCAAGAGCCUCAACCUGCAAGAGGUGCUCAUCGAUUUCCACUACCCGUCGUCGGCUGAGCCCGGCCGCCCCGCUGAGGUGAUCCGAAGCUCCUUCAGCACCCCGCACAUGUCAGCCAGCAAAGAAAAGCAGGAGAAGCGCCGGAGUCUGGUGAGGCUGUCGGUGCCUCAGCAGACGCUGGAGAGCCAGGUGAAGGACCUGGGCAGCCAGGUCCAGGACCUCAGCAAGCACAUGAAGAACAUGGACAACAAGGUGCAGGGCAUUGCCAAGCACGUGGAGUACAUCUCCUCAGUCCCCGACCUCUUCCAGGACUUCCCCAGGUCGGAGGAGGAGGAGGUGACUCUGCUAACCCCGCUGAUAUCGCCCUCAAAGUCCACCAAGAUCUAUGAAUCCGUGGAGAUGCUGGAGAAGCCUGAGGCCACUGUACUCGGGACGCCCCCGCAGGUGACACAGCCAAGGCUCUCAAAGACUCAGAAAGAAAUCAAGCCCAUAAAUGUGCUCCAAGAACUCGUAGAAGACGUGAGAGUCCUGAAAGAAGCCCACCAGAAGAUGCAGGAGUUCCCCGAGCCGACUACCCAGGAGCUCCUUCAGCGCGUUAGUGAACUGGAGAAGGCCGUCAGAGACCGAGAGGAAUACCUGGAUCAGUUGAGUCGGAGGCUGAACCUGGUUCCGGCUGGUGAAGAAAUCACAAUGGUCACCUGGGAAGAGCUGGAACAAGCGAUCACUGACGGCUGGAAGGCCUCAAGAGGGAGCUCAGAUUCAUCAACAGCAACUUUUGGCAGGCGCAAAAUGACGUCGUUGACAUCAAAUGACCUUUCCAGUGGAAUGCUUUCCAAGGCCUCCGUGGCUGACCAGGCUCUGGGUUCCGUUGGUAGCCCAGAACAGAUCUUAGCCAGCGGAGUAGGACGGUCCCCUGAAAGGGUCACUAGUGGGGAUCAGAGCAGACCUAGUGUUGGACUUCGAGAUCUGCACCUACGGCCCCGUGAGCCGUCCCAGGCCACAUCAGAAACAGAUGGCCGUAGUACCAGAGAGUCUGUAGCUUCCACAAGUCCAAGAAGAGACGAACAACAGCGUGUCCCACCUCAACAGGAAUUGCUCACAGCCAGAGACCAGCAGGGCGGGCUGCCCACUAGUCAGGGCCAAGUAUACCCAAAGCCAGAUGAUCGUGGGGCUGGAGCAUUUGCCAUGGAUCAACCCGCGUUGUUAUACCCUGGCCCUUACCCUCCUGCUGUGAUACCCCUCACCAUGGGUCAGCUUGGUGUACUGCCGCCGCCAGAAAUGGAUGACCAGGGAUUGGUGCCUCUUGGCGUGGGCCAGAGUGGUGUGCUGUCACCAUUGGCACCUGACAGGAGUCAAUCAGGACUUGACAAAACCAGUACAGCUCAGCUUAUUUCGGUCCCACUGAGUGCAUAUCAGCAAGGCAUGAUACUUCCUAGAACAGACCAACGUGGCACGGAACAGGCUGUCCUGUAUGACAGUGGACUGGGACCAUGGGCCAUGGAUAGGCAAGGGCUGAUGCCACUUGGCGUAGAUCAGCAUGAAUUUGUAGUGUUAGGCACAGGUCAGCAGGGACUGAUCCUCCCCGGUGUGGAUCAGCAGGGAUUGGUAAUGCCUGGCAUAGAUCAGCGUGCGUUCCCUCCAUCUCUUCCAGAUCAAUACGGCUUGGUGUCACCCGGUUUGCUGCAAGUUAGCACUGACCAACCAGGUUCUGGACAGCCCAGGUUAGCAGCACCAGGCUUCACACAUCCUGGUACAGAACAGCGUGGCUUGGUCCAGCCUGAAGCAGAGGAGCGUGGUGUUUUCCAGCCCGGUGUAGAUCAGCGUGGCUUGGCGCAACCUGGUGUAGAUCCCCAUGUUUUAGUGAGGCCUGCUACAGAUAGGCGUAGUUCAGAACCUGUUAGGUCAGAUCGGCAGAGUCAGGUGCAGUCUGAUGCAGAUCGGCGUAUUUCAGAACCCGUUGGGGCAGAACGGCAGAGUCUGGCACAGUCUGGGCCAAGUUGGCAAGGUUCAGCACGUCCUGGAGCAGAUAGGCAGAGUUCAGCACAGCCAGGGGCAGAUCAACGUGGCUUGGUACAACCUAGCACAGCUUGGGAUGGUUUGGUACAGCCUGGCACAGACCAACAUUUGGUACCUCCUGGUACACGCCAGCCUAGCUUGAUUCAACCUGGUGUAUACUCACCUGGUUUGGCACAACUUGGUACAGGUCAACAAGGUUUAGUGCCACCUGGCACAGGUCAGCCUGCAUUGGUUCAACCGAGCAUAGAUCAGCGUGGCUGGGUACAGCCUGGUGCAUUGCUGCCUGGUUUGGUACAACCUAGUGUAGAUCAACACGGUCUGGUACCACUUGGAAUGGAUCGCCAUGGAUUGGUACAACCAAGCACAGUUCAGCAUGGGCUGGUACGGCCAGAUGCAUAUGCACCUGGGCUGGUGCAACUCGGUGCAGCUCAGGAUAGUUCGGUACAACCUAGAAUGGAUCAGCGUGGUUUUGUGCAGCCUGGUGCAGAAUGGAGUCUUGCACAGCCUGGUGUAGAUCAGCUCAGUCUGGCACAACCCAGUGCAGCUUUACCUAGUGGUUGGGCACAGCCUGACACAUACUCACCUGACUUGAUCCAGCCUGGUGUAGUUCGACAUGGUUUGGAUCAGCCAAGAGCUGAUCAGUACGGUUUUGUGCAGCCAGGUGCAGCACAACAGGGUUUGUCCCAACCUGGUAGAGGUCAGCAAGAUCUGCUGCAACCUGGCAUGGAUCGACUUGAUAGGAUGCAACCUGGAGUGGGUCAUAGUGGUUCAGUACAACUGGGUACAGGAGAGAGUAGCUUAGCCCAACCUGGCAUGGAUCAGCAGGGUUUGGAACAGCCUGGCAUGGAUCAACGUGAUUUGGUGCAACCUGGUUUGGCACAACCUGGAGCACUUCAAUAUGGCUCAGUGCAACUUAGUGCAGCCCAGCAUGACUUGGCACAGCCUAUAGUAUUCCAGAGUGGCUUGGUGCAGGCUGGCAUGGACCAGUAUGACUUGGUACAACCUAGGAUGUAUCAGUAUGGUUUUGUGGAACCUGCAGCAAUUCAACGUGGUUUGAUGCAGCCUGGAACAGUUCAGCUUAGGCUGGUGCAGCCUGUCAUAGAUCAGCGUGGCUUAAUGCAACCUGGCGUGGAUCAGCGUGGCCUGGUGCAGCCUGGCGUGGAUCAGCGUGGCCUGGUGCAGCCUGGCGUGGAUCAGCGUGGCCUGGUGCAGCCUGGAGCGGAUCAGCGUGGCCUGGUGCAGCCUGGAGCGGAUCAGCGUGGCCUGGUGCAGCCUGGAGCGGAUCAGCAUGGCCCGGUACAGCCUGUCAUAGAUCAGCAUGGCCUGGUGCAGCCUGUCAUAGAUCAGCAUGGCCUGGUGCAACCUAUAAUGGAUCAGGGUGGUCUGGUGCAGCCUGUCGUAGAUCAGCGUGGUCUGGUGCAGCCUGUCAUGGAUCAGCGUGGUCUGGUGCAGACUAUAGGGGUUCAGUCUAGGCUGGUGCAGCCUGUCAUGGAUCAGCGUGGUUUAAUUCAGCCUAUCGUGGAUCAGCGUGGCCUGGUGCAGCCUGUCGUAGAUCAGCGAGGCCUGGGGCAGCCUGUCAUAGACCAGCGUGGCGUGGUGCAGACUGUAGGGGUUCAGCGUGGCCUGGGGCAGCCUGUCAUAGAUCAGCGUGGCCUGCUGCAGACUGUAGCAGUUCCGUCUAGGCUGGUGCAGCCUGUAGCAGACCAGCGUGGUUUAAUGCAGCUGGGUGUGGAUCAGCGUGGCCUAGCGCACCCUGGUGUGGAUCAGCGUGGCCUGGUGCAGCGUGGCCUGGAUCAGCGUGGCCUGGUGCAGCGCGGCCUGGUGCAGCCUGGCCUGGUGCAGCGCGGCCUGGUGCAGCCUGGCGUGGAUCAGCGCGGCCUGGUGCAGCCUGGCGUGGAUCAGCGCGGCCUGGUGCAGCCUGGCGUGGAUCAGCGCGGCCUGGUGCAGCCUGGCGUGGAUCAGCGCGGCCUGGUGCAGCCUGGCGUGGAUCAGCGCGGCCUGGUGCAGCCUGGCGUGGAUCAGCGCGGCCUGGUGCAGCCUGGCGUGGAUCAGCGCGGCCUGGUGCAGCCUGGCGUGGAUCAGCGCGGCCUGGUGCAGCCUGGCGUGGAUCAGCGCGGCCUGGUGCAGCCUGGCGUGGAUCAGCGUGGCUCUCUCCAGCUUGUGGAAGACUCACUGCAGCCUGGCAUAGAUCAGCGUGGCUCACUGCAGCCUGGGGCAGAUCAGCCUAGGGCAGCUGGGCUUGCUAUGAUGCAGCCAGGAAUAGUUCAGCCUGGUGCAGGCCCUCAAGGUUUGGCUCAGCCUGGUGCAGGCCCUCAAGGUUUGGCUCAGCCUGGUGCAGGCCCUCAAGGUUUGGCUCAGCCUGGUGCAGGACCUCAUGGUUUGGCUCAGCCUGGUGCAGGACCUCAUGGUUUGGCUCAGCCUGGUGCAGGACCUCAUGGUUUGGCUCAGCCUGGUACAGGGCCUUAUGACUUGGUUCAACCUGGUGCAGGGCCUUAUGACUUGGUUCAGCCUGGUACAGGGCCUUAUGACUUGGUUCAGCCUGGUACGUACAUGCCUAGCUUGGCUCCACCUGGUGUACAUCCUCCUGGUAUUAUUCAACCUGGCGCAUAUCCUCUUGGUUUGAGACAACCCAUUACAAGUCAGCCAGACUUCAUAGCACCAAGCACAGAGCUUCGUAGCUUUCCAUCAUGGCAGAGAGAUACAUAUCGGCAUCCUAUGCUAACUCCUGAACAAGUACAAGGCCAAGUCAGGCAAGAUAUACUUUCUGCCAUGGGGCAUCAGGGCCCAGAUCAACAAGUUCCAGAUCUUCAAGGCUCCACAAUCCCAGGUGGAGUUCCAUAUGAUCAAAUACGGGCUGCCCUGAAUUACCCUGGCGCAGAACAGGCAGCUGACACAUCUGGCCAGGCCAUUUGGGAUCCAAGCAGGAAACAUACCUCAGUUCAAUUUGAACGGGCUACCCCAGCGGGCCCAGACCAAGAAACCACUGACACCACCGCCAGGACACGAGAGUCCCUGAGCUUUCUCCAGCGAACCUCCUCGGGGAGUGAAUCGCUGGAGAAACUGGCUCCAAGCUUCCCCAUGGCCGUGGAGUCGUUUCGCCUGAUAGGUGAGAUCAUCGGUAUUUACGUGGAGCUGAAAGAGCACAUGAAGGACCUGGAGGAGGAACUCGCCGGUCAGACCGACUUGGAGAAGAUCCAGUACCUACUGACGGCCAUGGUCAAAAAGUCCAUCCCUCAGGACCUGCAGGAGCAGAUGAAGAGCCUGAGGUCCCUGAACAAGGAAGUUCGCCAGGACAAAGCCAGACUGGAGAAGAUACAGAAGCUGCUGGACAGUGACGGCUCCGGAGGAAAGGACAUAAAACCCAGUCAGCUGAGCUUGCAGCUGGGCAUCCUCAGAGUCACAGUGUCGGACAUAGAGAAGGAGCUGUCUGAGCUGAGGGAGAGCCAAGAGCGGGGCAAGGCCGCCAUGGAGAAUUCCGUCUCGGAAGCCUCCCUUUACCUGCAGGAGCAGCUGGACAAGCUCAGGACCAUUAUCGAGAGCAUGCUGAGCUCCUCCUCCACGCUGCUGUCCAUGAGCAUAACCCCGCACAAGUCCGCAAGUGCAAUGGUGCCCGGCCAGAUGGACCCUGAGGCCACCUGUCCAGCCUGCAGUCUGGAUGUAAGCCACCAAGUCAGCCUGCUGGUUCAGCGCUACGAGCAGCUUCAGGACAUGGUCAGCGGUCUGGCUGCCUCCAGGCCCUCCAAGAAGGCCAAGCUGCAGAGCCAGGAUGAGGAGCUGCUGGGCCACGUGCAGAGUGCCAUCCUCCAAGUGCAGGGCGACUGUGAGAAGCUCAACAUCACUACCAGCAACCUCAUCGAGGACCAUCGGCAGAAGCAGAAAGACAUUGACGUGCUGUACCAGGGCAUAGAGAGGCUGGAGAAGGAAAAGGCUGACCGGGACCGCCUGGAGCUGGAGAUUGACGUAAAAGCAGACAAGAGCGCUCUGGCAUCCAAAGUGAGCCGGAUCCAAUUUGACGCCACCACAGAGCAGCUGAAUCACAUGAUGCAGGAACUGGUAGCCAAGAUGAGUGGACAGGAGCAGGACUGGCAGAAACUUCUGGACAAGCUCCUGGCAGAGAUGGACAGCAAGCUGGACCGCCUGGAGCUGGACCCAGUGAAGCAGAUGCUGGAGGAUCGCUGGAAGUCGCUGAGGCAGCAGCUCAAAGAGCGCUCCCCGCUCUACCAGGCAGACGAGGCAGCUGCCAUGCGGAGGCAGCUGCUGGCUCAUUUCCACUGCUUGUCCUGUGACCGUCCCUUGGAGACUUCUGUGACGGGACAGGUCCUAUCCAUGACCCCUAUAGUUCCCAGCAUGCCAGGCCACCGUUCCAUCCGGCCUUACACGGUGUUUGAGCUGGAGCAGGUCCGACAGCAGAGCCGCAACCUGAAGCUGGGCGGCAGCUUCUCUCGGGGUGACCUGUCACAGAUGGAGAGGAGCGUGGGGCGCCUGCGCAGCAUGCACUCCAAGAUGCUCAUGGACAUCGAGAAGGUGCAGAUCCACUUUGGGGGCUCGGUGAAGGCCAGCAGCCAGAUGAUCCGAGAGCUGCUGCAUGCCCAGUGCCUCAGCCACCCGUGCUACAAACGGGGGCUAGAGACCGCAGAUUACACCUACUCAACUGUGCCCCGGCGCUGUGGGGGCAGCCACACCCUCACCUACCCUUACCGCAGAAACCGCCCACAGCACCUGUCCCCGCUGGAGGAGAUCCAGAUUACCAUGAAGCACGAUGAGGUUGAUAUCUUGGGCCUCGAUGGACACAUCUACAAGGGACGGAUGGACACAAGGCUGCCAGGCAUCCUAGGGAAAGACGCCCCAGGAAUGGCAAAGCCCAAGUCCAAGCAGCUGCAGCAGCUCCAGCAGUUGCAGCAGCUGCAGCAGCUCCAGCAGUUGCAGCAGAUGCAGCAGGCCCAGCAUGCCCGGCCCCACACGCACAGGCAGCCAUCCCUGGGCAACAACAGCCUGCCGCCCUCUCGGCCUCAGAGUGCACAGAUGAUGGCAGACAGCACCUCAGUUUCUUCAGGACAGAAGAAGGACAGACCCAUCUCCUCCGAGGGGCGUCUCUCGCAGUUGAAUGUGGCGCCCCCAUCGGGCUCCGCAGAGAUGGCGGGUCUGCCGGGCGGCCCGUCUGGGCUGAAUGUACACAUGGAUGUGUCUCCCAGGGAGGGGAUGGAGGAGCCCACCCGGGGACCCAGGUCCACCACUGCUCACUAGAGAUAUAAAUCAAAGGUUUAAAAAAGGA